GCAUUUCGCCACCACUUUCCACACAUUGGGCUUCUGUGACAAAGAAGUUUAGCAGUUUUGCAAUUCUUUUGUUUCAUUCUUACAUAUACGAGUGUACAUUUGGACUUAAUGAUACAACUAAACAAACCCGAGUAAAGGAAACACAGAUGGACCAAAAUCUUUUUGGAGGGGCUCCUCGGUUCCUGACCAGGCCGAAAGCCUUUUCUCUGAGUGUUGGUCGAGAUGCUACCCUCAGCUGCACUGUUGUGGGAAAUCCUGUUCCUUCUGUAAUUUGGGAAAAAGAUAAACUACAUAUAACCACAGGUGGGCGCUUUAAAACAGUGGAGGAUGGGGAUGUUUAUCGACUCACUAUCUAUGACCUGAUGUUAGAGGACAGCGGGCAGUACAUGUGCCGUGCCAAGAAUAAUGUUGGUGAAGCCUAUGCAGCUGUGACUCUGAAGGUAGGCCUUCCCGGAACAGUGAUGGAUCGAGCCCCAGUUUUCACAGUGAAGCCUGUCUCCACCCGAGUGGGUUUGGGUGGUGAUGUUACUUUCUACUGUCGUGUUGUGGCCCACCCUACUCCCAACUUUGACUGGGAAAAGGAUGGUCUUUAUCUAGGUGAGACCAAUCGCAUCAAGAUAACUUCAGACAGUGAUACUAGCUCUGUGCGGAUUCAGAGUGUCAGGAGUAUGGACAGUGGUACCUACACCUGCCGGACCCAGAACUCCAUUGGUCGUGCCCAGGCUGUUGCUGCCUUGGUGGUUGACUCCCAGGACACACGACUUUUGAAUUACGACAAGAGCACCUCUCUUCUCAGCCACCUGCAAAAGCGAAAAGAGGAGAUGUGUAAGGACAUCUCCCUCUCUCGCAUGGCAGAAAGCUAUACAUCAUCUUCCACUAAAAUCAUUAAGGACCUAAGCAAUUUAAGACUUGCCUCUGACCAGGAGCAGCAAGGAUCAGAUUUGGUUAGCAAGUUACCUAAAGGUGUCUUUACCCGAACCUGCACGGUGACAGAGGGCAAACAUGCCAAGCUUAGCUGCUUUGUCACAGGCCACCCCAAACCACAGAUCAUUUGGAGGAAGGAUGGAGUGAACAUCAGUGAGGGUCGCAGACACAUCAUGUAUGAAGACCAAGCAGAGAACUUCAUUCUCAAAGUACUGUACUGCAAACAAAGUGAUAAUGGCCUCUACACCUGCAAUGCUUCCAACUUGGCUGGGCAAACCUAUAGUGCUGUGCUGGUGAUUGUAAGAGAGCCAAAGGUGCCAUUUAAGAAGAAGUUGCAAGAUGUAGAGGUCAAAGAGAAGGAGACGGCCAUGUUGCAGUGUGAGGUGCCAGUGCCAUCUUCCCAAGCUUCCUGGUUCAUGGAGGAGACUCGUCUGGAACAAAAUGCAAAGUACCGCAUGGAGCAGGAAGGCACACUUUGCAAACUUAUGAUUCAUAAUGUCACAACCAAUGAUGAUGCUGUCUACAUCUGUGAAAUGAAGGAGGGAAGCAGGACUGUGGCUGAGCUUACUGUUCUGGGAAACAUUACCAAGAAGUUGCCUAGAAGGACAGUUGUUCCAGUGAGUGAUUCAGUGAUCUUUUGUGUUGAGCUUGAGCAUCCUGUAGAUGAUGCUUACUGGACCAGAAAUGGAGAAAGACUAAAAGAGGAUUCAAGGGUUACUAUUGCCCACUCACUUAAACAAUACACCCUCACAAUUCGUGACUGCACUGCAGAUGACUCAGGAGAGGUGGCCUUUAUUGCACGUGACUGCAAGACCUCCACCCGAUUUUCUGUUAUUGCACCAAGAAAGCAUCCACCAGAUUCCCCAGUAAAACCAACAGUAUUAAACAAGACCAGCAACUCUAUCACUUUGGGCUGGUCUCGACCAGACAGUGAGAGGCCUGUGCCCAUCAAUAGUUACAUUGUGGAGAACAGAAAGGUGGGAGCUAAGACAUGGGUUAGAGUCACAGGCACUGAAAUUGUGUCCAGCACUGAAUACACAAUCAACAAUAUCACUGAGGAAGGCAGCUACCAGUUUCGCAUUGCAGCCAUUAAUGAUUAUGGUCAGAGUGCAUAUCUGGAGGUUCCUGGAACAUUUUUUCUUGAGCCCACUGCCUCAGUAAAAAGACACUUGCAUAAUUGUAGUUUUUUCUCUGGUGAGGAAGCCACAUUUACUGUGGAGCUUUCUGCAGUGUGCUCUGGUAUCUGGUUCCUGAAUGGCCAACAAAUCCGCAGUGGAGCAGACUACCUCAUCACUUGCAUGCGGACCUUACACACAUUAUUAAUCAGGGAGGUGAACACUGCAUUAGAUGGAGCCCAGGUCAAAUUUGUGGGUGGUGGAUCAGAGAGUUCCUGUUUCCUUAAUGUAACAUCUGCUCCUGCAUGUUUUACCAAGAAAUAUUCUGAUGCAGAAGUAUUUAUAUUCAGUGCUCACUCAUCUGCUCAGCUGCACACAGAGGUCUCAGAUGCCACAGUCCAGGUUUCUUGGAUGAAGAAUGGCAAGGAACUAAGGAUGGGCAAGAAGUAUGAGGCCUCCAGUGAGGAACGUAAACGCACCCUGACAAUUCAUAAUGUGACCCCUGAUGAUGCAGGAAUUUAUGAGUGUGUGUGUGAUGGUGAUAGGAUGUCCAUUCAGCUCUCAGUCAAAGAACCUCAGGCCACUUUUAUCAAUAAGGACUCUUAUAAAAAAGAUGUGGAAGUAUCUGCCCUCCAGGAAGCCAUUUUAAGCUGUGAAGUAUCUGACUCCAACACUGAGGUUAAGUGGUGUAAAGAUGGCAAGCAGCUGAGCUUCAGUAAGUCUGUCCAUAUAGAGACAUUGGGAAAGAUUCGUAAGCUGAUGCUGGAUAAUGUGGAAAAAAAGGAUGCAGGAGAGUACACCUGUGAAGCUGGAAAUGAGAAGCUGGUGUUUAACAUUUAUGUGGCAGAAAAGCAGACUACAUUUGUCAACAAAGAUACCUAUCAGAGAGAAGUAAAAGCGUCUGCCUCUCAGAAAGCUACACUGAGUUGUGAAGUGUUGGAUUCUAAGACUGAGGUGAAAUGGUAUAAAAAUGGCAAACAGCUGAGCUCCAGCAAGACUGUCCACAUGGAGUCAAAAGGCAAUAUUCGUCAACUGGUGUUGGACUGUGUUGAGAAAAAGGAUGCUGGAGAGUAUACCUGUGAAGUUGGAAUGGACAGGCUGGCCUAUAUGAUUCAGGUGCCAGAAAAGCAGACUACAUUCAUCAACAAAGACUCCUAUCAGAGAGAAGUAAAAAUGUCUGCCUCUCAGAAAGCUACACUGAGUUGUGAAGUGUCAGAUUCUAAGACUGAGGUGAAAUGGUAUAAAGAUGGCAUACAGCUGAGCUCCAGCAAGACUGUCCACAUGGAGUCAAAAGGCAAUAUUCGUCAACUGGUGUUGGACUGUGUUGAGAAAAAGGAUGCUGGAGAGUAUACCUGUGAAGUUGGAAAAGACAAGCUGGUCUUUAUGAUUCAGGUGACAGAAAAGCAGACUACAUUCAUCAACAAAGGCUCCUAUCAGAGAGAAUUAAAAGUGUCUGCCUCUCAGAAAGCUAUACUGAGUUGUGAAGUGUCAGAUUCUAAGACUGAGGUGAAAUGGUAUAAAGAUGGCAAACAGCUGAGCUCCAGCAAGACUGUCCACAUGGAGGUAAAAGGCAAUAUUCGUCAACUGGUGUUGGACUGUGUUGAGAAAAAGGAUGCUGGAGAGUAUACCUGUGAAGUUGGAAAAGACAAGCUGGUCUUUAUGAUUCAGGUGACAGAAAAGCAGACUACAUUUAUCAACAAAGACUCCUAUCAGAGAGAAGUAAAAGUGUCUGUCGCUGAGAAAGCUACACCGAGUUGUGAAGUGUCAGAUUCUAAGACUGAGGUGAAAUGGUAUAAAGAUGGCAAACAGCUGAGCUCCAGCAAGAGUGUCCACAUGGAGUCAAAAGGCAAUAUUCGUCAACUGGUGUUGGACUGUGUUGAGAAAAAGGAUGCUGGAGAGUAUACCUGUGAAGUUGGAAAAGACAAGCUGUUUUUUUUUAUUCAGGUGACAGAAAAGCAGACUACAUUCAUCAACAAAGACACCUAUCAGAGAGAAUUAAAAGUGUCUGCCUCUCAGAAAGCUACACUGAGUUGUGAAGUGUCAGAUUCUAAGACUGAGGUGAAAUGGUGUAAAGAUGGCAAACAGCUGAGCUCCAGCAAGACUGUCCACAUGGAGGCAAAAGGCAAUAUUCGUCAACUGGUGUUGGACUGUGUUGAGAAAAAGGAUGCUGGAGAGUAUACCUGUGACGUUGGAAUGGACAAGCUGGUCUUUUUGAUUCAGGUGACAGAAAAGCAGACUACAUUCAUCAACAAAGACUCCUAUCAGAGAGAAUUAAAAGUGUCUGCCUCUCAGAAAGCUACACUGAGUUGUGAAGUGUCAGAUUCUAAGACUGAGGUGAAAUGGUGUAAAGAUGGCAAACAGCUGAGCUCCAGCAAGACUGUCCACAUGGAGGCAAAAGGCAAUAUUCGUCAACUGGUGUUGGACUGUGUUGAGAAAAAGGAUGCUGGAGAGUAUACCUGUGACGUUGGAAUGGACAGGCUGGCCUAUAUGAUUCAGGUGCCAGAAAAGCAGACCACAUUCAUCAACAAAGACACCUAUCAGAGAGAAUUAAAAGUGUCUGCCUCUCAGAAAGCUACACUGAGUUGUGAAGUGUCAGACUCUAAGACUGAGGUGAAAUGGUAUAAAGAUGGCAAACAGCUGAGCUCCAGCAAGACUGUCCACAUGGAGGCAAAAGGCAAUAUUCGUCAACUGGUGUUGGACUGUGUUGAGAAAAAGGAUGCUGGAGAGUAUACCUGUGAAGUUGGAAAAGACAAGCUGGUCUUUUUGAUUCAGGUGACAGAAAAGCAGACUACAUUCAUCAACAAAGACUCCUAUCAGAGAGAAUUAAAAGUGUCUGCCUCUCAGAAAGCUACACUGAGUUGUGAAGUGUCAGAUUCUAAGACUGAGGUGAAAUGGUGUAAAGAUGGCAAACAGCUGAGCUCCAGCAAGACUGUCCACAUGGAGGCAAAAGGCAAUAUUCGUCAACUGGUGUUGGACUGUGUUGAGAAAAAGGAUGCUGGAGAGUAUACCUGUGACGCUGGAAUGGACAGGCUGGCCUAUAUGAUUCAGGUGCCAGAAAAGCAGACCACAUUCAUCAACAAAGACACCUAUCAGAGAGAAUUAAAAGUGUCUGCCUCUCAGAAAGCUACACUGAGUUGUGAAGUGUCAGACUCUAAGACUGAGGUGAAAUGGUAUAAAGAUGGCAAACGGCUGAGCUCCAGCAAGACUGUCCACAUGGAGGCAAAAGGCAAUAUUCGUCAACUGGUGUUGGACUGUGUUGAGAAAAAGGAUGCUGGAGAGUAUACCUGUGAAGUUGGAAAAGACAAGCUGGUCUUUUUGAUUCAGGUGACAGAAAAGCAGACUACAUUCAUCAACAAAGACUCCUAUCAGAGAGAAUUAAAAGUGUCUGCCUCUCAGAAAGCUACACUGAGUUGUGAAGUGUCAGAUUCUAAGACUGAGGUGAAAUGGUGUAAAGAUGGCAAACAGCUGAGCUCCAGCAAGACUGUCCACAUGGAGGCAAAAGGCAAUAUUCGUCAACUGGUGUUGGACUGUGUUGAGAAAAAGGAUGCUGGAGAGUAUACCUGUGACGCUGGAAUGGACAGGCUGGCCUAUAUGAUUCAGGUGCCAGAAAAGCAGACUACAUUUAUCAACAAAAACUCCUAUCAGAGAGAAGUAAAAGCAUCUGUCUCUCAGAAAGCUACACUGAGUUGUGAAGUGUCAGAUUCUAAGACUGAGGUGAAAUGGUAUAAAGAUGGCAAACAGCUGAGCUUCAGCAAGGCUGUCCACAUGGAGGCAAUAGGCAAUAUUCGUCAACUGGUGUUGGACUGUGUUGAGAAAAAGGAUGCUGGAGAGUAUACCUGUGAAGUUGGAAAAGACAAGCUAGUCUUUAUGAUUGAGGUGCCAGAAAAGCAGACUACAUUCACCAACAAAGACUCCUAUCAAAGAGAAGUAAAAGUUUCUGCCUCUCAGAAAGCUACACUGAGUUGUGAAGUGUCAGAUUCUAAGACUGAGGUGAAAUGGUGUAAAGAUGGCAAACAGCUGAGCUCCAGCAAGAGUGUCCACAUGGAGGCAAAAGGCAAUAUUCAUCAACUGGUGUUGGACUGUGUUGAGAAAAAGGAUGCUGGAGAGUAUACCUGUGAAGCUGGAAAAGACAAGCUGGUCUUUUUGAUUCAGGUGACAGAAAAGCAGACUACAUUCAUCAACAAAGACUCCUAUCAGAGAGAAUUAAAAGUGUCUGCCUCUCAGAAAGCUACACUGAGUUGUGAAGUGUCAGAUUCUAAGACUGAGGUGAAAUGGUGUAAAGAUGGCAAACAGCUGAGCUCCAGCAAGACUGUCCACAUGGAGGCAAAAGGCAAUAUUCGUCAACUGGUGUUGGACUGUGUUGAGAAAAAGGAUGCUGGAGAGUAUACCUGUGACGUUGGAAUGGACAGGCUGGCCUAUAUGAUUCAGGUGCCAGAAAAGCAGACUACAUUUAUCAACAAAAACUCCUAUCAGAGAGAAGUAAAAGCAUCUGUCUCUCAGAAAGCUACACUGAGUUGUGAAGUGUCAGAUUCUAAGACUGAGGUGAAAUGGUAUAAAGAUGGCAAACAGCUGAGCUUCAGCAAGACUGUCCACAAGGAGGCAAAUGGCAAUAUUCGUCAACUGGUGUUGGACUGUGUUGAGAAAAAGGAUGCUGGAGAGUAUACCUGUGAAGUUGGAAAAGACAAGCUAGUCUUUAUGAUUGAGGUGCCAGAAAAGCAGACUAUAUUCAUCAACAAAGACUCCUAUCAGAGAGAAGUAAAAGUGUCUGCCUCUCAGAAAGCUACACUGAGUUGUGAAGUGUCAGAUUCUAAGACUGAGGUGAAAUGGUAUAAAGAUGGCAAACAGCUGAGCUCCAGCAAGACUGUCCACAUGGAGGCAAAAGGCAAUAUUCGUCAACUGGUGUUGGACUGUGUUGAGAAAAAGGAUGCUGGAGAGUAUACCUGUGAAGUUGGAAAAGAUAAGCUGGUCUUUAUGAUUCAGGUGACAGAAUCCCAUGUAGUAAAGUUCACUUCCAAAUUGAACAAUGUUGUGGCAUACCAUGGCACGGAUGCCAUCUUCAAAUGUGCAAUCACCCCUGUGGACGUGUGCGUCAAAUGGCUGUUUAAUAAUGUCAUUCUUACUGCCGGGCCCAAGUUCAAGAUUGCUCAUGAAGGCAUCAGCCAUUCUCUCACCAUCACUGCAGUCACACCAGAGGAUGCAGGAGAAAUUAGUGUGGAUGCUGAAGGGAAAGUUUCUAAAGCCUUUCUACAAGUACAAGAACCCCCUGUUGUGUUCAUUAAGAAGCUUGAAGGCUUAACAGUUCAGGAACAGGACACAGUAAAACUGGAGGUAGAAUUAAGCAGAAUGGCCAGUGAGAUAAAGUGGAUGAAAAAUGGUGUAGUGCUGCAGCCUGAAAAGAAUCUAAAUAUUCAAGUUGAUGGUGCCAAGCAGACUCUGAUCUUAAAGAAUGUGUCUUGCGCUGACCAAGGCCUUUAUUCAUGUGAGACUCUAGAUGACAAGACUGAGGCCAAGUUAACAGUUGAACUGAAAAAGAUACAGCUGAUUAGGGGCUUAAAGGAGAUGAAAGUUCAAGAACAAGAGAGUGUAACUAUGGAGGUGGAACUCAAUCAACCUGAUGUGGAAGGUUACUGGAGCAAGAAUGGCCAGAAACUUAAAGCGUGUCCGAAAAUAUCUAUUACAGCACUGGGAAAUAAGCAUUUCCUAACUAUUUCUCAGCUGAAGAUGGAUGAUUGUGGAACCAUUUCUUUUCAGGCAGAAGGUGUCCAUACAUCUGCAAAGCUCAUUGUCAAAGAACUUCCUGUAAAGAUUCUCAAACCACUAAAAGAUGUCAAAUGUGCAGAAAAGGAAAAGAUCACUUUAGAGUGUGAGGUUUCCAGAGCAAAUGCUGUUGUAAAGUGGUUUAGGGAUGAUGAGGAACUGAAACCAGGAAAGAAAUAUGUAAUGCAUUCCCAGGACUUCAAGCAUAACCUCAUCAUACAGAAGUGUACCUUUGAAGAUCAAGGCCUGUACAUAUGCAAAACAAGUGAUGACAGCACAUCAGCCAAGCUUGUUGUUCAUGCCUGUGACAUUAAGAUUAUAAAAAAGCUUAAUGAUGUAGAAGUGAUAGAGAAAGAGAGUACCACAUUUGUUUGUGAGGUGUCUCAUGACGAAGUUGAAGGCCAGUGGUAUAAGGGUGAGACCAGACUUAAACCUGGGGACAACAUUAAGAUGAGACAAGAAGGAAGAAAAUUUGUCUUACUCUUUAAAUCUGUGAAGUCUGAAGAUGCUGGUGAAGUCAAGUUCAUAGCUGAAAAAGCUUCAUCAGUUGCUAAGCUAACAGUCAAAGAACUGCCAGUGAGGUUUGUGAAGAAAUUAAGAGACAAAAUAGCCAUGUUUAAACACCGUGGGCACUUAGAGUGUCAAGUGUCUCGAGCCAGUGCCAAGGUCACAUGGUACAAAAACAAGGAUGAGAUUAAACCCAGUAUGAAGUAUGAGAUUUUAAGUGACAAUAUCUACCGCAAGCUCACUAUUAAUGAUGUGGACUCCAGCGAUGAGGCUACGUACACAUGUGAUGCUGUUGAUGAUAAGACCUCAUGCCAGCUGCUUGUGGAGGAACAGGCCAUCAGCAUUGUGAAGGAGCUUAAGGCAGUGGAGGUUACAGAACCAUUUGCUGCUUACUUUGAGAUUGAAAUCAGUGUGGAAGCAGUCAAGCCAGUAAAGUGGACUCUCAAUGGAGAAUGUCUAAAUGAGAGCAGCAAUAUUGAGAUAGAAAAGGAAGGAACAAUGCAUCACCUUACAUUUAAGAAGACCGAAACUUCCAUGACAGGCACUGUGCAGUUUACUGCUGGAAAAAGCAAAUCUACAGCUCUGUUUACUGUAAAAGAACGUCCCAUUGAGGUGAUCGAGCCUCUCAGAAAUGUACAUGGCAAAGAAAAAUCUUCAGCCAGGCUGACAUGCAAACUAUCUGAUGACCCUAAAGAAGUGUUAUGGUAUAAGGGUAAAACAGUUUUGGAGGCCUCCAAUAAGUAUACUAUGACAAAAAGUUCUAAUGAAGUGCAGCUGGUCAUCCACGCGCUAACUGCAGACGAUGCUGGGGAGUAUCGAUGUCAGGCUGGAACCUGUGAGAGCAUGGCCAUUCUUAAUGUUGAAGUGCGUAAAGUUCAGAUCACCAAACAUUUGAAAGAGAUGGAAGUUGAUGAGGGUGGUGAUGCUGUAUUUACCUGCGAGGUAAAUUAUGGUGAUGAGGAAGCUCAGUGGUUUCUCAAUGACAAGCCUCUUUUCAGCAAUGAUGUUAAUAUUAUCCAACAUGUGGAUGAGAUGCAUACUGUUACCCUUAAGAACUUGGCACCUCAGGAUGGUGGGAUAAUCACCUUUCAGAUUAGGGAAGAAAAGGAGACAGCCUGUCUGAAAGUAAAAGAAAAGAAAGCUGUGUUCCUUAAGUUACUAGAUGAUGUAACUGGAGAAGAAAAGGGCACAAUAAUUUUAAAAUGUGAAGUUUCGAAAGCCAUGGUAUCCCCUGUUUGGCGUAAGGAUGGUACAGUCCUUUCUGCAGACAAGUAUGAACUACUACACAAUGGCAUGAGCCUGUGUCUGACUAUACAUGACAUUACACUGGCAGAUGCAGGAGAAUACAGUUGUGAUAUUGGCACAGACUUUACAAAAUCUACUGUCACUGUAAGAGAUAUUAGCAUUGGCAUCACCAAGCGCUUGAAGUCAGUUGAGGCUAAUGCAGGCGAAAGCUGCGUGUUUGAGUGUGUACUCUCCCGAGAAAGCUCAGAAGACUGCUCCUGGAGUCUAAAAGGCCAACCAAUAACUAGCGGAGGUCGUUUCCAGAUUGGCCACAAGGGCCGCAAAUACACACUCACUAUCAAAGGACUGACUUCCUCUGACUCAGGGGAGGUGGUAUUCACACUCAAGGACUUGAGCUCUAAAGGGACAUUAUGCGUUAAAGGGGUACCUCCCACUAUCUUCAAAGAGAUGGAGGAUAUUAGCAUUGUUUCUGGAGAAGAUGCUACAUUUUCCUGUGAGAUCUCUCAAUCUGGCUUGGAUGCAAUUUGGUCAAAGGAUGGCAAGCCACUUAGAAAUAGCCAAAAGUAUGAGAUUAGUCAGGAACAUAAAAUUAUGAAGCUGGUUGUACAUAAUGUAACUGCUAAGGAUUCUGGAGAAUACUGCUGUCAUGUAACUGAUGGACCAAGCUCAACAGCCAGACUGGAAAUCAAAGAGCCCAGAAACAAAAUCAUCCAAGAACUAAAGGAUAUAGUAGCAGAAGAAAAGGAAACUAUCAGUUUGGAAUGUAAAACAGCUCAACCAGCUACCAAAGUUACUUGGCUAAAAGAAACAAAGGAGAUCAAUGCAGGAGGAAAGUAUCAGAUGACACAAAAAGAGUGCAUCCUCAUCCUCACAGUAAAAGACCUGGAGAAGGGUGAUACUGAUACAUACUCCUGUAUUGUAGAGACUGCCAAGAGCACUGCAAAGUUGACUGUUAAAGACUCUGUAAACAGAUUCAUCUGUGAGCUGAAGAAUACAGUAGCAGAAGAAAAGAAAACUAUAAGUUUGGAAUGUGAAACAGCUCAACCAGCUACCAAAGUUACUUGGCUAAAAGGAACAAAGGAGAUCAAUGCUGGAGGAAAGUAUCAGAUGACACAAAAAGAGUGCAUCCUCGUUCUCACAGUAAAAGACCUGGAGAAGGGUGAUACAGAUACAUACUCCUGCGUUGUUGGAAUUGCUAAGAGCACUGCAAAGUUGACUGUUAAAGAAUGUGUACGAAUUACAAGAGAACUUAAGAAUGUAACAGUGACAACUGGUGAGAAUGCUGUUUUCCAGUGUGAAGUGUCCCAGACAGAAGUAAAUAAUGCUCAGUGGUGGCUAGGCUCCAAUCACCUACAAAACAAUGACUUAAAUCAGAUCCACUGCCAAGGCAGGGAACAUAGCCUGGUGUUGAAAAUGGUCACACCUGAUGAUUCAGGUGACGUGACCUUUGUGGUUGGCUCUGAGAGGAGCAUUGCCUCUUUGGUGGUACAGGAGAAACCCAAAGGUACACCAGCAUUUUUUCGCAAGGAGUUAGACAACCAGGAUGCUGUUGAAGGUGACACAGUUGUCUUGAUCUGUGAGCUUUCUCAGCCUAACAUCAAUGUAGAAUGGCGUAAAGGAGGAGUAGUGCUCCAGCCUGGUAAGAAGUAUGAACUAAAACAGAUGGGAUACAUAAAAGAGCUUCAUAUCCAUGACCUGAAACCAGAGGACAGUGGCUAUUACACUUGUGAUGCUGGAGAUCAGCUAACAACAGCUUCAGUUUCAGUACAAGAGGCUGAAGUGCUCAUAGUGUCUGGUUUAAAGAGCAUUGAUGUUUUUGUGGGAGAGCAGGCAGUGUUUACCUGCCAGUUGUCUCGUCGUGCCAAAGGGAGAGUCCAAUGGUGGUUGGAUGGAACCCAUUUGGAGAACGGUCCCUUCAGUGUUAUUGGGUUGGGUGAAGACAAUGUUCAUACCCUCAAGCUAAUGAACCUUGCACCAAAUGACUCAGGAACUGUCCUGUUUAAAACGGGAAGCUUGGUGUCCUCAGCAAGACUGAUAGUGAAAGAUCCUUUUGUGGAAGUAGUCAGUGCCAUGAAGGACAUCAUCAUAGCAGAAGGCCAGCCAGCAGAGUUCAUCUGCCAGUAUUCAAGGCCAGUCAGGGCCAUAUGGAAGCAAAAUGGGAAGCCUGUGCAACCCGAAGGCCACAGAGUAGUAGUAAAGCAGGAUUGGAAUGUAGCACGGUUGUAUAUUAGCUGUGCAACUGCACAGGAUGUGGGUAUAUACUCCUGUGAGGCAGAAGGGACCAGUGUUAAGGCCUGUCUAAGUGUGCAAGCCAAACCCAUUGACAUCAUUCAAGGUCUGGAUAAUGUGGAAACUAUUGAAGGUGGAGAAGCACUUUUUGAGUGUUCCUUAUCACUUCCUGAGACUAAAAACUGUUGUUGGUUGAUUGACGGGAAACCUGUAAAGGAGUCAUCAAAAGUGGAAGUUGUUUCUUUUGAAAAUGGCCGUCGGCAUCUUUUGCUACUGAAAGACUUAAAGGCUGGUGAAAACUCUACAGUGACCUUUCAGGCUGGCACUGUAUCAUCUUCUGCACUUCUUUCGGUCAAAGGCUGGCAACUUAAAGUUGUGAAACCCUUGGAAGAUAAAACAGUCACUGCUGGUGAGCAAGUGGAGUUCACAUGCAUUUUGAAUAAGGCAGUCCCAGAGAAGGAUGUGAAUUGGUAUGCUAAUGGAAAUGAACUACAGCCAAAUGACCUUUGGGCUAUACAAAUAAAUGGAUGUUCGUUCAGCCUCAUUUUGAAAAAAACCCAAGUCCAGCCACCCCUGGAGAUCACCUUUGCUGCACAGGAUGCCAUUUCAGUGGCCAAGCUGAUUACUAUUGGUGUACCUGAUCCUCCUGAGGAUCCAGAAUUGGUGAGUAAGGGGCCUACAUCAGUUACUCUGUCCUGGUUUACACCUCUCAGCGAUGGGGGAAGCCCAAUCCUUGGAUACCGUGUAGAAAUGCGAGAAGUAGAAAGUGCACUUUGGCAGCCCUGCCAUGCCGAGCCAGUGUGCAAUACUGAGUUUCUUGUUAAUAACCUUAUCCCUGGAGCAGGUUACAGGUUUCGGGUGGCUGCUAUUAACCUUGCUGGCAUUGGUGAUCCUGUCCAGCUUCCUCAAACUGUUACUCUUGAUGCAGCAGUGACAUUCACCAAAAAGUUAAGUUGCUUUGAACUCCAAAAGGGUAUUGCCCAUUUGGAAUGUGAGGUUACUUCUGAGAAUAUACCAGUUAAAUGGCUAAAAGACAAUCAGGAGAUUGAGAUGGGAGUCAAGUACCAAGAGGUAACAGAGGCCAGAUCCCAGGUUUUGCUCAUUAAGGAUUUCCAACCCACUGAUCAGGGGGUCUAUACUUGUGUGGCCUCAGAAGAGAUUGAAACCUCUACCACCCUUGCUCUUGAAGGAGAUGGCACAAUUACAGGAGAUGGCACAAUAAUUUCUCACCUUGAGCCAAAGGAGAGUAACCAGCCUGGCUUGCCCCCUGACUCUGCCUCUGAGGGUGAUCUGCAUGCUUUAUGGGAAGCUCUGGCUAAGAAACGCAGAAUGAGCAGGGAACCCACUCUAGAUUCAAUCUCUGAGUUGCCAGAAGAGGAUGGAAAAGAAAGGCCACAAGAUCAGGAUGCUAUGGUACAGGAGAAAGAGCAGAGUAAAGAAAAGAAGAACCUCAGUAUGGUCACUGCAAACAUAAAAUCAGAGUCAAAACUGUAUACCAGCUCUGAAUCCACUAGUUGUACACCAGGUCUUGAAUCCUUCCUUGAGCAGAGCAGCAAGCCCACUGUCAUAUUGGUAGAUGAAAGUGACACCAUUGCAUCAAAGAGUCUUAAUAGUCAUUUUCAAAUGACGGAGCAAUCAGUGCAGCAUGCGCCAUGUAAUACACUUAUGGAGGACAGUGAUCCAGGGUUGCAAGAGGCAGCUAUUAAGAUCCAGGCAGCGUUCAAAGGCUACAAAACCAGAAAGAACAUGCAGCCUGUUUUUAAAGAGGUCUUUAAAGAUCAGACCAAAGAACCCAAUGGGACAAUUCAUCUUGAAUGUGUCACACAGGGCAAGCCAGACAAGGUUCGCUGGCUUAAGGAUGGAGAACCGUUGGCAGAUGGCAAACAUUAUCACAUAGACAUAUACAAUGAUGGCACUUGCUCUUUGAUUGUAACUGCUGCUACAACCAAAGAUACAGGAGUGUACACUUGUGAGGUGACAAAUAAGUUUGGUAUUACUGCUCACAGUGGAAAAGUAAUUGUUGGUUCCCCGCAAGAUUCAUCAAGCUUUCGGCCACUCACUCUGGGCUACAGUGCAGACAGUGAGCCUGAGAGCUCUGGCAGUGAGAUGGAUGAGUCAUUACGACAAGCAAGCAAGAGACUACAGAGGCUUCUUUGUACACGCCUUCCACCAGAUGUGGAAGAAGAACCUUUUGUCAGUGCUGAUGAGGGUGACUUGCAGCCACCUGAUUCACAUUGUUAUCAUGAGGAUGAUGGUUACAUUUAUAUUCGCUUUGAUACCCACAGUAAUGCUCAGGAAGCAUCAAAACAAUUUCAUCAGAUGUUUACACAACAGGGAGUGCCAGUAGAAACCACUAUUGUAGAAACAGGGGCAAAUGUAGAUCUACGUAUAAAAAAGACUGGCUUCAACCAAGAUGGUUACCAAACCCGUACACCUAAUACACAAACACCUGUUGUCACUAGUGGAGUCCCAGCAGCUCCAGUCUUUCUGACACAGCUCCAAACCCAAGAGGUCCAUGAUGGCUACCCAGUUAGCUUUGACUGUGUGAUCAGUGGCAACCCACCCCCCAUCAUUCGCUGGUUCAAAGAUGGGAAGGUGCUAGAAGAAGAUGACCACUAUAUGAUAAAUGAAAAUCAGGAGGGCUGUCAUCAACUGAUCAUUACAGCUGUACAACCAUUUGACAUGGGAGUGUACCGCUGUAUGGCUGAGAAUAAUAGUGGCAUUGCUUCCAGCAGGGCAGAGCUUAGGGUGGAAAUGUCGUGCAGCUCAGACUAUGAUACAGCAGCUGAUGCCACAGAGACCUCCUCAUAUAUUAGUGCCAAAAGCUUUGUAUCCAGUUCUGAGAACAGGGACACAGACGCCUUUGAAUCAGUGGUGGAGGAUGAGCAACUCCCUCAAAUAUUGGAUGAGUUACAUGACCUGUUCCUCAGUCCUGGAGCACCCAAUGCCAAGAUGUGCAUCAGGGUCAAAGGAUUUCCUACACCAAAAGUGUACUGGUUCAAGGAUGGUACAGCACUGCAACCCACAGAGAGAAUUGUCAUGUUAACAGAGAAAGAUAUGCACAGUCUGGAGAUUCUGGAGGUGAACUGUGAUGAUAGUGGAGACUAUUCUGCCUACAUUACCAAUGCAGCCGGCUCCGCUUAUUCCUCUGCACGCAUGGUUGUGCUUAACCCAGAGGAACACAUACCGGAGCAAGUAAAGAUCAGAGAACCUCUGGUGCCUCCUCGUUUUCUGGAAAGGUUCUCCGAUAAGACUGUGAAACAAGGAGCGAGCAUCACACUGUCAAUCAAAGUAGAAGGCUCUCCAGUUCCCUCUGUAAACUGGCUAAAGGAACAAGCAAAGGAUGUUCUGUGGAUAAAAACAGACACACAUGGAUACAAGAUUGCCAGCUCGGGGUGCCAACACAGCUUGAUCCUGAUGGACGUGAAAAAGGAACACUGUGGCACUUAUGUCUGUAUUGCUAGCAGCCGCGCUGGCCAGACUAUCAACACUGCUCAUCUGAAUGUUGAACAUGAUCCAGAAUGCAUUGUUACACCAGAGAUGUGUGGAAUUACAAUUAGUAAACCAGAACAAGAAAAGAAAGGAGAGACUAUACUGCCUUACCUGACUGGAGUCGGUACUACAGACUUUUUACAAAGGCUUACCUCCCAAAUUACAGAGAUGGUUUCUGCCAAAAUAACACAAGCUUCUUUACGUGUCCCAGGAGCUGAUAGUGAUGAUGAUGAUGGUAAAACACCAUCUCCAUCCCCCUAUCAUGGCCGCUCACGUCCUGCUUCACUUAUCAUGGACUCCUCCUCAGAAUCAGAUGAGGGUGAUGCCAGAGGAGAGAUGUUUGAUAUUUAUAUAGCCAUAGCAGAUUAUAACCCUAUACAAAUGUUGGGGAUGAAUGAGGAGGGCAUUACUCUUAAGGAGGGACAGUACGUGGAGGUUCUAGACUCAGCUCAUCCACUUAAAUGGCUUGUACGCACCAAACCCACCAAAAUCACACCCUCACGCCAAGGAUGGGUCUGUCCAGCAUAUCUUGACAAGAAAUUAAAGCAUUCUGCGGAUGCAGGGGAUGUUUCAGAAACUACGAGCGAGGAGCUUUCCGAAGUAGAGUAUAAAAAGAAACUUUGCCAUCUCCUUGAAGAGUGUAUUAGCAGUGAGACUUGCUUUAUAAGAGACAUGGACUUCCUUACAUCACAGCAUCUGAAACAUUUUGAUGAUGAGAGCCCCCCUCCUGAUAUUCGUUGCCACAAGAAAACCAUCUUUCGGAAUAUGAGCGACAUCCAUUGUUUCCACAGCAGCUCCUUUCUUUCUGGAUUGAAGGACUGUGACACAGAUGAUGAUAUAGCAAUGCAUUUUCUGAAAAACUUAAAGGGAUUUGAGAACUACAUACAAUACAUAGUGGGCCAGGCCCAGGCACAGGCUGUCAUUACUGACAAAACAGUUCAUGAGUAUUUCAAGGAAUACACAGCUUCAGAGCUUGCAAAUUUUGAUUCUUCAGAAUGUCCAGUACUGAGUAUAAAUCAGUAUCUUCAGAGACCACUGGAAAUGAUCCAGAAAUACAAGAACUUCUUAAAGGAACUGAUCAAAAAUAAGGCAAGGAAUGGACAGAACUGCUGUCUUCUAGAAGAGGCCUAUGCCAUGGUGUCUUCUCUUACCGUACGCUCUGAAAACACACACCAUGUCUCUCUCAUUGAGAAUUAUCCCGCCAAUCUGGAAGCAUUAGGAGAGCCUAUCAGACAGGGUCCUUUUGUAGUGUGGGAGGGUGCUCCAGGAAUUAGAACUUCUUCAAGGGGCCAUCACCGGCAUGUCUUCCUCUUUAAAAACUAUAUCAUCAUCUGCAAACAGAAACGAAACACAAAUACAGAAACCCAAGCAUACACAUUCAAGAAUAUAAUGAAGCUUACAGAUGUUGAUGUAAAUGAGACUGUGGAGGGUGAUGAAAGGGCAUUUGAAAUAUGGCAUGAGCGUGAGCACUCCGUCAGGAAGUAUACAUUGCAAGCACGCUCAGUGAUCAUCAAGAACUCCUGGCUUCGUGACUUUCACAACCUCCAGCAACACUAUAGCAUGCCAGUGUGGAGUCCACCAGAUUUUGAAGCAGUGUUAACUGAUUGCACUGCAGAAUUAGGACAGACAGUUAAGCUGGCAUGCAAAGUUACUGGAUCUCCUAAACCUGUAGUAAGAUGGUUUAAAGAUGGCCGGGCUGUGGAGGUGGACCCUCACCACAUCAUUAUUGAGGACCCAGAUGGUUCCUGCACUCUUAUUUUGGAUAACAUGAAUGCAGAUGACUCAGGCCAGUACAUGUGCUUUGCCACCAGCUCUGCAGGAAAUGCCAGCACUCUUGGCAAAAUUACUGUCCAGGUGCCUCCCCGGUUUGCAAGUAAAUUAAAGAAUGCUACCUUCGUCGCAGGAGAUGAUGCUCAGUUCACUUGCACAAUACAAAGUGCUCCUAGUCCGAAAAUAAGGUGGUUUAAGGAGGGUAAAUUGCUAACAGACCAAGAGAAGUACCAGACAUAUACUGAACCACGCAGUGGAUUAGUGGUUUUUAUUGUAAAGAAUCCUGGAGAGCGAGACUUAGGGCGUUAUGAAUGUGAGCUGUCUAACUGGCUGGGCAGUGUCAAGUCUGCAGCAGAUUUGAUCCUUCCUACUGUAGCAAUGGCAAGAGAUGACAGAGCACAGCAAGCCAUUUAUAUUGAAGUAACAGAGCAAGAGACAAAAUCGCCAAAGAAAACCAUAAUCAUAGAGGAGACCAUAACCACAGUUGUUAAGAACACUAGAAUGAAACGCCACAUGUCUCCACGCACAUCAUCUAUGGGACUAUACCGCACAGAGGCCUCCACCCCCGAACCAUUAAAACCAAGACGGACAAUUCCUAGAAAGACUGUGCCAACUUUAUAUGUCACUGAGCCUGAGGGGGCCAUGGCCACGAACCCUAAAUGGGUUGAAGUUGAGGAAAUUAUUGAGUAUAAAGUGAAUAAGUCACCCAAGUUGCCCAGAAGAAGAGGUCUUUCCCCUAACAAGAGACCACCAUCCGAUAACCCUAACAUAAACAACUCCAACAACAAAUUACUGGAGGAAAUGCAGGUACCAGUGGUUACUGUGGACUUGCAAAGCCUCUUACAUUUACAUUUUCAGCAUUUAGCAGACGCUUUUAUCCAAAGCGACUCUUAAACAAUAAGGAAAAUAUUAGAUUGGAUUGGAUUAGCAUAUCAGCAUUGGAUUCAAUUAAUGGUUUGGAUUUAGAGCAGCCAUAUGUGUUGGUGAACUUAAACACAGGCAUUGAUGAUGCAACUUUUAAAACUUCUGAUCCAAAUGUUAAAAUUAAAGAUGAUGACAGUGAAGGAUACAGAGAAAUCACACUCUGCUGAUCCAUUUUUUUCGUUUUCAGGGGCACUUCUGUAAAGUUUUUUCUGAGCCCAUUGCAAUCCGCAAUAUUCAGUCAAUGAAAAAGAAAAAAAUGGAUCAGCAGAGUGUGAUAUAAAGCUAAAAAAUAACUCCUAGGCGCUGCAGAAAAUUAGAAAAGAAUGGUAGGUGGCCAGAGCUUUAAAGCCCAAAUUUCUGUCCAAGCUCUCAACUAUACAACAAUUGUAGAACUGCUUACAAAAAAAAUAAACUAAAAAAAAACAGUAACCAGAAAGAACAAAAAAACACAGAAUUUUAGGGAAAACCAAUUUUACAGUACCAGUUUUUAGACAUCUGUGUAAAGGUUUUUUUUUUUUUUUUUUUUGAUAGAUUUUAAUUCCAAAAUAUACCAAAAAUGACGUGAAACAUUUAGCAGCUUCUAAAUACUUGUCAGACACUUUGGAUCAUCUUACAAAUGAGGCAGUGGUAGCUCAUUGGUUAAGGUUCUGGACUAUUGAUCUAUUGACUGUUGAAAGGUUGCGGUUUUAAGCGUGGCAUCGCAAGUUGCCACUGUUGGGCCCAAGAGUAAGGCCUUAAUUGCUUGUAUUGUAUUUCAUCACAAUUUUAAGUCUGUUUGAAUUAAAGUGUCUGCAAAAGGGGUGUAAAUGUAAUUAUGAGAUUAAGUUUAAUUGUAAUGCAACAAAGCGCUAUUGCUGCUUUGUUUUGCAACAAUAAGACUAAAUUAUGUAUGAAUUUGUUUAUGAAUAGGUAAAUUAACCUUUGUGUGUUUAUAUAGUAAUAUUUUAAAUUUUUAAAUUUUAAACAUUAACAUUUAUUUAAAAAAGAUUUAUGAAUUGUUAGUAUGUUUGUAAAAAAAAAAAACACCAUGGCAUUGUUAGGAAACACCAAUAUUGUUGCAAUAUUGCUAUUAAAAUAAAGGGAUUUUUUUAUUUCAAGAGUUACAAGUUGGCUGAAGAUAUCAGUGGCUUUAUUUGCUUUUUUUACUUAGCUGUGCUAUAAAAUACAAACUGACUCAUGCCACUCUGCGUGCUUUGGUGUUCACAGCUAUCUUUUUCACAUGUGUGUGUUUAUAUAUACAUAUGUUUGUAUAUUAUUAAAAAACUUAAUUAAACUAAAUUAAAAUGUUAUGUUUGCAGCAUGCUUAGAAUUGAUGUAUAGUGUUUUCUUUGCCCAGCAGUAUUUUUGGAUGCAGUGAUAGAGUGUGUUAAGUGACAAUGAUUUUCCAAAGUACACCCCAAACCCAUUUCACUUUAUUUACCACAAUAACAUGACGCUUUUUCAUGCACUACUUUCUUGGGCACAAAGAUCAUGCAUAUUGAACAUUUGUUUUCAGCCUUGCCCUACAAAGACUGAGAUUUCUAUGGAUUUCGGGUGUGCACGGUAGUGAUUAAAGACCUAAAUUAUUUGUAAUCUUGCAUUGUAAAAUGUUUUUGUAGCAAAUAAUUGACACAUUGUAACACCUGUUAGUUUUCUCAUAAAGUUGACAAAUCGGUAAGACUUCUUUGCAAGCCAUCUUUGCAAUGAUGUAAAUCAAAAAGCCUCUGUUCUUUUCAUGAUACCCUCACCUGUAACGAAUUUACCUGCUGCUUGUGGAAUGUCUUAGUGGUUUAACUUAAAUGUUUAUUGCAUUUUUUUUUUGCCUGUCCCAACUUUUUUAGUGUGUUAUGGUCAUCAAGUUCAAAUGUCAGUGUUUUCACAAAACAUAGUCCUUGCUGUUCUGCACAGAAUAAAAUUUGUCUCUUUGA